ACACGAUCACCAGUCACCACCACGGCCACCCUCCUCUUGUAUAGUCAAACCGGCCCUCUCCUCCUUCUUGUAACCUUGGGCAAGAGGAGCAGAAAGGUCCCAGCUUUCCGUGUUCUUCUGCUUCUUUCCCCGCCUCGCCUUCCUUCCCCCCGUCACCAGAUCUCGAGGCAGCGGAGUCCGGGGACGCCGUUCUUUCCGUUGUGCUUCCUUUGCCUCUUGCUGCCGGUGGCCGGUGAUUUUCCCGAGGUCUGUUUGGGCGGCAGGUAGAGGCUAUUUUCUUGGCGGCUGGUGGGAUGGAUAGCCACGCCGCCGGGUCGAGCUCCGGCGGGUCCGGGGAUGGCGGCGCGCAGCCCAGGAGGAGCUCCAGGAAACCCACGUAUUCCAAGUUUACUCAGCAGGAGCUUCCAGCUUGCAAGCCGAUUCUUACUCCAAAAUGGGUUAUUUCAGUAUUCGUUCUUGUUGGCGUGAUUUUUGUCUCGAUUGGUAUUGUUUCGCUGCGAGCUUCACGACAGGUUGUCGAGAUCGUUGAUCGGUAUGAUGAUGCAUGUGUCCCUGCUGGUGUGACUGACAAGCUUGCUUACAUCCGGAAUGAUAGUAUACCAAAAAGCUGCACAAGGAAUCUGACGAUUACAAAGGAUAUGAAGCAGCCGAUUUUUGUGUAUUAUCAGCUGGAUGACUUUUACCAGAAUCAUAGGAGGUAUGUCAAGAGCCGUAAUGAUGCACAGCUAAGAGAUAAAAGUAAGGCGAGUGACUUUACCAAUUGUGAUCCUGAGGCCAAAACGGUAGACGGAAAACCAAUUGUGCCUUGUGGUCUUAUUGCAUGGAGCCUGUUCAAUGAUACAUAUAAACUCAUUCACAACAAUGUAACCUUGAGAGUGGAGAAGAAGGACAUCUCUUGGAAGAGUGACAGAGACCACAAAUUCGGGAGUGAUGUCUUCCCAACGAACUUUCAGAAAGGACCUCUUAAAGGUGGAAAAACACUUGAUCCAAGUAUUCCGUUGAGUAAGCAAGAGGACCUCAUUGUUUGGAUGCGGACUGCAGCACUUCCGACAUUCAGAAAGCUGUAUGGAAGGAUAUAUGUUGAUCUCAAGGAAAACGACACAAUCACAGUCCAGUUGGACAACAACUACAACACCUAUAGCUUUGGUGGCAAGAAGAAGCUGGUGCUUUCGACCGCAACCUGGCUCGGGGGAAAGAACGAUUUUCUGGGCCUUGCGUACCUCACCGUCGGCGGACUCUGCUUCUUCCUGGCAUUCGCGUUCACCUUGCUAUACUUGAUAAAGCCAAGGAAAAUGGGAGAUAACAGCUACCUGUCAUGGAACAGACCCCCUUCAGGUCGCUGAUGAUGUGCUUUGGAAGUUAAACGCGAUACACAGGCAGCACCAAACAAAUUCAGAUUAUGGUCGGAAUGUAUCUUGUACCACAGAGAAAUUUUAUCCGUGCUCGUCGGUGUAGAAUAUAUACGGCACCCUUGCACAUAUUGUACAUUACAUCGAAACACAUAGCUUUUGUUUUCUACAAAAUUGUAUACUCAAAAGUCUCAGAAGUGGACGCCAGUAGUUCCAUGCUUUGUUUUUUUGUUCCCCUUAAUAAAACAGCUAAACCUAACCUGCAUGACUGAGCUAUGAGAUGAACAUGAGCUCUUCGUAAGUGAUCAGUUCUCGAAGGCUAGGCAUUUGCAGAAAUUUGGACUUUUGGAUUCCAAA